AAACAAGUCACAAACCUCUACUUGAUAACUCUCUUCUUCAUCUCCCCUCUACUAUAUUUAUAUAUGGCAGAUUGUCGAUAGCAAUACUUGCUCUUUCUAAUUAGGCCAUGGAUUGGUUUUCUUGGUUAUCGAAAACCGGUCUCGAGCCGUCUCUUGUGUAUGAAUACGGCCUCGCCUUUGCGCACAACGAGCUCGAGGAAGAUGACAUAAGUCACUUCAACCACGAGUUCCUGCAGAGCGUCGGCAUAUCCAUAGCCAAGCACCGGCUGGAGAUACUCAAACUUGCUAGGAAGGAGAAUUUCUUGAAGCCGCAUCCGUUUUCGAGCCUUGUCGGUGCGAUCAACAUGACCAAGAAGCGCCUGGCCGGUUACAUGAGGAAGUGGACGCAUCGUGAGGAAUCUGCUCUCACUUGUGUGCCAAGGCCUGGCUAUGGCACCAGAUGGAGGAGUGCAAUGGUGAAGAGGAACAGGAAAUUGAUGGUGGCUAAGCAAGGGAGGUUGUUGCUCACUAAUGGGAGUCCUCUGGCAGUAUCAACGCCUCGUCUCAACAGCUUUUCGAGUCCGUUGGUUUAUGCUCUUAGUAAAGAAGAAAAGUUUGUGGAUGACCAGUAUGAUGGGGUUCCAGACAUCAAAUGGGACACAAUGUUCCAAAAUCUUAAACCCACGUGAAGAUUAAAAGUCUUCUUCCCAGAGUCACCAAUUUCCAGAGUCUCUGGAGUCCAAGUUCGAAGCUCUUCGAUGGUGCGAGAUUGGUUUUUGGUUCCUCCACCAAAGAUUGUUUGUUUCUGUAGGAGUUCUUAUCUCUGUUCUUCAAGUCCAGUGUAUCGUGCACUAGGUAGCCUUUAUCUGCAGGAUAUUGUCUCAUCUGCAGGGGAAGUUUAAUGUCACCACAUGUGAGGUUGAUUUGUGUUAGGUGUGAGCCAGUUUAUUCUGAAAGAAGCUCAUUUUUUGUCUUAGUAAACGCGACGACUAAUUUCCUUUGUUCGAAA